GCGUGCACACCCCCUGCUCGGGCGGGCCCCUAAGCAAGCAAGGUGGAAGGGAAAGCUUUGAGCGCUGGAUAGCCGAUCUGGACCAGUCGGCCUCCCAGUCCAGGUUGCUGGCUGAAGACGCCUAGUCUUUUGCUCCAUGCAAUGCACCGCCUCCCUUAGCGCGAUGCAACGGGCCGGAGGAGGAGCGGCCGCAGCAGCAGCAGCAGCCGCCGCCGAGCCUGGAGGAGGCAGUGGGAGAGGAGGUGACAACGGCGGCGAGGCGGUUGCAGCAGCAGCGGCCUCUUAUCGGGUGCUGAGUCGCUUGCUGGGGUACGGCGGACCAGAGUCAGCUGCAGCUGGCUUGGGGCUGGGCAGAGGUGUUGGAGAGACUGCCGCUAUUGCAACUCGAGAUCGCGGCAGGGCGGGCGGGUUGCGGGGCUCGCAGCUUCUGGUCUUCCGCCCGGGAGAAACUGGGGAGCCCUCGGCGGGGUCCCCAGCCGGCUGUCUGCCUCCGGCGCCGCCGCCACUGCCUCAGCCACCCCAGCCGGAGCUCCUGUGCGCUAGGCAUCGCUGUGCUCUCCUAGAUGCUCCGAAGGGCGAGCCGGGAGGGGGACGAUGCUGGAGCGGAACGCCGGAUGGUUUCAUUUUCCCUCCGGGAGCCGGCCUGGAGUUACAGCUGGCGGCUCUGGGACUUCACCAAGCACCUCCGACGGUGCUGGGAGGGCUGGGCAAGCCUCCGGGCGAUUGCUCCUGCAUGAGCCUCUUGCCUCAGCCGGCGAUGGCCCCGCCGCCCACUCUGUCCUUGUUGCCCCCGGGGGAGGAGACCAGCGACGCCCUGCUGGUGCUGGAAGCUCUGGGCCCUGACGAGGAGGAUGAGGAAGAGACGGCUGCAGGGCAGGCCGAGCCCUCCAGCACGGAGAGCAGCCGCGUUCAGUUGCCCGCUGCAGCCGUCCCGGUGCUAGCUGCUGCUGCUGCUGCUCCUCCUUCGGCAGGCCCGGCACCUGCCGUUGCUACCCCCCGUCCCAGCUCUUCGGCCCCCUCCAGGAAAGGUUCCUUGAAGGUUCGCCUCAGCCGCCUUUUCCGCACCAAGAGCUGCAGUGGGCCAUCCUGCAACGCCGGGGCAGCCGCUGGAGCUCGUCGGAGCGGAGAUAGGGAACUUCUACAAGCCGCUGCUGCCCCAGCCCCCUCGGGCACAGCAGGAAGCCUCCCUGAUGUGUCUCAACCUGGCUACCGGGAGCAGGACUCGAGCAGAAAACAAAGACUGAUGCGAACACAAAGUGCCUUUUCUCCAGUUGCUUUUGGUCCCCUCUUCACAGGUGAGACAGUAUCGCUAGUAGAUGUUGAUAUCUCUCAGCGUGGCCUGACGUCCCCACAUCCUCCAACACCUCCUCCUCCUCCACGGCGAAGCCUCAGCCUUCUGGACGAUAUCAGUGGGACACUGCCUACAUCUGUCUUAGUGAAUCCAAUGGGAUCUUCAUCGCUCCAGUCUUUUCCUCUGCCUCCACCGCCUCCACCACAUGCCACUGAGGCAUUUCCUCGGAUACUGCCAAUCAGAGCAUCCGAAGCGGUACACAGUCAAUCUGCACAGCACCUUCAAUGCCCCCUUUAUCGGCCUGAUUCAAGCAGUUUUGCAGCUAGCUUACGAGAGUUGGAAAAAUGUGGAUGGUACUGGGGCCCCAUGAACUGGGAAGAUGCCGAGAUGAAGUUAAAAGGGAAGCCGGAUGGAUCGUUCCUGGUUCGCGACAGCUCUGAUCCUCGCUACAUUCUGAGCCUCAGCUUUCGAUCACAGGGUAUUACCCAUCAUACUAGAAUGGAGCAUUACCGAGGAACCUUUAGUCUUUGGUGCCAUCCGAAGUUCGAGGACCGUUGCCAGUCUGUGGUGGAGUUCAUUAAACGUGCUAUCAUGCAUUCCAAAAAUGGAAAAUUCCUUUAUUUCCUGCGAUCGAGAGUGCCAGGUCUCCCUCCAACUCCUGUCCAACUUCUCUAUCCAGUCUCUAGGUUCAGCAAUGUCAAGUCGCUACAGCACCUCUGCCGGUUCCGGAUAAGGCAACUGGUCCGCAUCGAUCACAUUGCAGAACUCCCACUUCCCAAGCCUCUGAUCGCAUACAUUCGCAAGUUCUACUACUAUGACCCUCAAGAGGAAGUGUACCUCUCACUGAAGGAGGCCCAGCUGUUUUCCAAACAGAAACAAGAAGCAGAUUCCUCUACGUAGGGAGAGUCCUUAUCUAUCAUGCUGCUGUCACUGAUGGUAAUAUAGUGUUGUAAAUUAGAAGAUUCCUGUUUUCUCUCUUUUUCUCUCUCUCUCUCUGAAUCUUAAAGAGUUUUAGUUUGAUUGUCCUUUCAUAUCCUGUACUGGAAGCUUUGCAUAUACUCUACAUUAAAACAAUAUAUAGUUUCAGAUGUGUAGUUAAACACAGUUGUAUUCCUAGGUAGUCCUGGACUUAACAACUGACUUAAUAAUUGAGACCAGAAUUUCCCUUGCUAAACAAGGGAGAUGUUAAGAGAGUCAUGCUGAUUUUACAACCUUUCUUAAGCAAAUCACUGCAGUGAAUUCACUGUGAAUUCAGCUUCCCACUGACUUUGUUUGUUGGAAGCCAGCUGGGAAGUUCGCAAAUAGCGAUCAUACGACCUCAGAUGCUUUAGUCCUCGUAGUAAAUAUACGGUAAUUGCCAAGGACUUAAAUUUUGAUCACGUGACUGUGGGGAUGCAGCAACUGUUAUAAGUGUGAGGACUGGUGGCAAAUUACUUUUUUGAAUGCUACUGUAAUUUCGAACAGACAUUAAACGAAUGGUUGUUGUUUGAGGACAACCUAUAUUUGCUCAUUUUCCAUAACAGAAGUCUACUCAUCUGCUUAUCAAAAGUUUUUCUUGAAUCAGUAUAAUGCAAGCUUCCCUUGGUAACUUUGGAUAUGUUGAAAGGCUUACAAUAAUAAGAGCUAGAAUGUGCAUUUUGAAUUUUAAAGCAAAGUGAAUAUUAGAAUUCAAAACCAGUCCGCAAGUACCUGUUAUAAGUACAGACCACAUCUAACAUUGUAAUUCAAUCUUGGAUAUGCAAAAAGAAAGAAAUGAUACAUUUUUGUCCUUAACUAUGUCUAAAUUUAUGGAGGGGGGGAGGUUUUACCUUCCACCCAUCUUUCUAUUUCCCAUCUCCAAAUUAGGAAAUGGGUCACCAGUAUCCUGUAGCUGGGGAAGUUGCACUGGAAAAGACUCCUGGUGUUUCCUUUCUGGCUGUCUUGGGCCUCCGGAAAAGAGUCCCAGGCUUGAACAGAAGCACAACUGUGCACAGAAAUGGGCACCAUGACCCCAACUGGUUCCAAAAAGAAGUUGGAAUCCACUGAAGCUGGACUGUAGGCUCCUGAAAGGAUGAAGAAUGUUAUUUUUCUUGUCAAAUUUCUAUUUUUGGGGUGUUUAAUUUUAUUUCCAUGUUUUCCAACAUGGGAAAUUGUGAGCCAGUUUAACGUUUUGUUUACCUUUUGGCAUUCGGGGAUGUGGAGGGUCAGAUUGCCACCAUCUCCAAGAUUUUAUGAGCAAAACCUGCUCCCGGUUCCAGUGUCUUUAAGAAUGCUGCUUUUGUAAGAAGGGCCUGAACUCAAGAUGCAUUGAGUUCAAGCUGCAUAAAAUAGUUGCUUUGGGAGGGUGGAGCUUUUCUUUACUGGAGGUAUGUCAGCUGAAGCUGGAUGCCUGUCUGUCAUGGGAUUGCAUUGUGGGUCCUGCACUAAGUUGGAUUUCGCAUAUACUCCCUGUUCCAUUCCACUUUUGGAAUUCUGGGAGGCCAGAAUUCGGGUGGUUUUGGACAGGGAGGCAAAGAAGAGUAAGUCGAAAUACAACUUCUUGCUCAACUUUGAAAAAAGUUGGAUAGCAUUUUGGGUUGAGGGGAAGGGGGAUGGGAAGGUACCAGAAUAUAAGUUUGAUUAAGCAAUGGAAAAUUAGCCAGAUUGGGGAAAAUUGCUUUUGCCUUCUGUUUGAAUGCAAAUGGGACACGGGUAGCAAUGUGGAUGGUUUCCACUACAGAGGCCAUCAGCCUUUGAAAAUGGACAGAACUCUCCCACUUAUUUUAUUUUGCCUUUCUUUCCACUAUAUUAACACUGGAAUUCAUCAACACUGUUGUAGCUGUUGUGAAAACAUUGGUAUAUCCCCUUUAGGCAGAAAUGAUUAGCUGAAGUCAGUCCCGGUGUUACAUGGGGCGUCAACCUCUUGCCCUUCUCAAGAAUGGAAAGCCAAGAUGGCAAGAUAGCAAGAGGCUUAGAUGAGCCAGAAAAUAAGUUAUCAAAUAAAAAAGGAAGGUUUUUAAUCAAAUAAAAAAGGAAGGCCUCUGAAAUCUUCUUAAUGUGAGGCAGUAAAUUUUGAAGCACCUUAAUCCUAUAUCUUACUUUGAGGUUGAGAUGAAAAGUCAGGAGUAGAAAUUCAUGAUCCUCACUUUUUCUCUAAGCCCAGAAAAAUCACUUUUUGGAAGAAAGAAUUGCCCCAGCAAAAUUCAAACCAUCUCUCCAUUAUUGAGAAAUAUUUGCAACAUCCACAAAAUACAUUGCCCUCUUUAUAUGUGAUAAGUCUCUUGCAUAUGGUAGUUUAAGGUAUUUGGUGUAAAUUUCUUGCUGACAUUUUUGAAACCUGUGGUAACUUAAUAAUUUAUUAUAAUUUAUUUAUUGUUGUUAGGUUGAAAAGCUUGUUUCAUAUUUUGAACUCAUUUGUCUUGGAUUCAGCCUCUAUUCCCUGAAAUUUGAAGUUUUUGCAUCUUGCUUAGGGCAGAUGAUAGAGUUUUGUAGCCAUCAAAUCUUUAGAAUCUUUAUAUGCAGAAAGUUCAAAGUCGACAGCUAGUAAGUUGUUAUUUAGAACUAAGUCUUGGAAAAAUAAGAGCAUGAUUGUAUCUAUUAAUCAGAUUUUAGGGGAAGUUACAGCUCUCUUCCUCCCAUCGGAACAUUUGUGCUUCAAGACAGAUUCCAGAAUUUGUUUCUGAUAAUUAUUUGUGCUGCACUUCUUUAUCCCUUCAGUUGUUCUUUUCCUGAUUUUGUUCUGAACCUUUUCUUAAUUGUUGCUAAGUUUACUGACUUACAUCCACUGAGUUGCAUCCUAUACCCAAAGAAGCUUUGUUACUUAUUGCCCAAUUUUUAAGAUUAUGAAAUAGGUCGAUCGAAGAGGCCGUGAUCCAUUGGAGUGCUUUCCAGAAUAUUCAUUGCCUCACAAUAGGGCCCCACAGCAGCCAUGAUACUUCUGCUACAGGUGAACCUAUGAAGCUUUUGGAUAUGUCUUAAAGUAAUAGAACAAGCUGCAUUCUUGAAGAUCCUUCUGGUACACUGGAAGAAAAUGUAUUCAUCUUGUUCCUUCCACCUCCAUUUUGGAACACAUGGCUAUACAGGUAGUCCUUGAUUUAUAACACUUGACCAUUUUUCACCUUUAUGACCUUUGUAGCAUCCUCAGGACCGUGUGUUCAAAAUUCAUAUGCUUGGCAAUUGACUCAUACUUACGACGGUUGCCGUGUCCCAAGGCCAUGUGAUUUACUUUUAGCAACCUUUUGCCAAGCAAAAUCAAUGGGGAAGCCAGAUUAACUUAAUAUCCGUGUUAACUAACUUACCAACCGCGAUGGUUCACUUAAAAACAGUGGCAAAAAAGGUCAUUAAAUGAGGCAAAACUCAUUUAACAAAUGUCUCAUCAAAAUAAAUUUUGGCCUCCAUUGUGAUCGUAAGUCAAGGACUACCUGUAGUGAUUUUGGGACUGUAUCAAAUUAGCAUCAAAGAAAAGCAUACUUGAAAAGACUUUUUACUUGAAGUUAAAAAAUUCCAGGUAGUAUGGAGUCUUAAACCGGGAAGAUGGCCUCUCAUUUUCCCAAAAGCCUCUUCCUGGGUGAACAGUUUCAAAUGAAAUGAUACACUGCAAAUGUAACAAUAUACUGAAAAUUUCUGUGAAUUCUCAUGCCUUAGAAUAUAUGACUGCAAGGGAGUGUUUAAAGGAGCUGGAUUUUAGUUGUGGGAAAAUAAGCAAAAGAGAGUUAAGAUAUUGCUGCUACCCGCGUAAAACUUUCUGAUUCUUCAGAUAACAGAUGAGCUAUUCCCAUAGUGACAGCUUAAUUGUAAACGAAGUUUCCCUCUUGCUUAAAAUGACAUAGAUAUUGAUGUGUGGUGGAUGAACUUGGAGAUUUAUUUUUCUUCCUGUUUGGUUCAGGUAAGAGCUGGAUCAAAAGUCCCAAAGUCCUAAAGUCUGCAUUUGCUUUGAUGGUGGGGAAAUGUUUCUUAAAAUCUGGCAGACACGCACAAACCACAUACCCAUGAUGGGCGCUCACUUUCUGUUGCUGACUAUCUGCCAUUUUGUUGAACUGAACUUCUCUGAGAUUAUGUUAUGACUACUGAGUAGCAAAGGCCAACCAUGUAUAAAUAACUCCUAGAAGGCCAUUUUGGCCUUCUUUGGCCAUUGUUACAUCCAUGUUAAGUCUGGUGUAAUGUUUUUCUGUGGAAAAAAAACCUUCUUUGUCUCUUUUUUUUAAAUACCUCCCCUAUGGAAGCUAUUUAAAUUUCAUUCUGUUUGAAAGGUGUGAAUGACUGGAUGAAUGUUAACACCAAGAGAAUUAAAUCCUGCACUGUAGUCUUUUGGGUUAUCUGCCUUUGAAUAUUUGCUUGGGCAUUUUCUGAUGUUACACAUGAUACUACAACAGUACAAUGGUCAUACAAAAGGUGGAGGGACUACUAACCAAGAAUGAAUUGGUGACAUUUGAAAUCAUACCUAGUUUUAUGAAUAUUUUUUUCUCAAAUAUAUUAUUUUCAAGUGGGACUUAAGGUUUUCUCAACAGAUUAUUUCCUUUCCUGUCCUUUACUUUUUUUCUUCUUUUUCAAAUCAUGGCACAAAUAAUAUUCCUUCCCUGAAAAGUGAUAAAAAUAAAUUAAUUCAAGUUGCCUUCAUUCUUUAAAUUUUACAUUACCAAAGGAGUUCUUAAAAAGGGGUUCAUGGAUCUCUGCAUCAUGCAGAGUGAAAAUAAAUUGUGACACUGUUUGCCCUGGGUGAGAGGUGUAGUCUUUUGUAUGAAUAAGAAUGCACAAUGCAGAUGUAGUUAAAUACCCAGCUUGAAAUAUUUCUGUUCUUCAAAAGUGCUUCUUGAUUUUUGUCCCUUUAAAAUAGCCUUGUCAGAUCUCUUUCUGUUUUGUUUCCUGGAUGGGAAGGUGAAAGAAUGAUGAACGGCCUGCUGAACAGUACAUUGGUUCAUACAUUGCACUAAGCCAUGUUUCCUUUAACUAUAUACUUCGAUGAGCAAGCCAUAACUGGCUCCAUUCAUGCAUUAUAUCAAGCCAUAAACCAGGGUUGACAAAUAUUAUUGGCUCCCCCCCCCCCCCAAGAUGCUAAGCUGAAAUGGAAAGAAUCCACAUUAUGGGGGUGUUAGUAUUAGGGGUGAUCCCUGUUUAUAAAUCUGUGAUGGUUUCAACCAUAAAUGAUAGUCCAGCUCCCAACUGCCCCCCCCAUAUUAUGUUUCUGGCCAAUGAAAUGAUUUUCUUUCCUUAUUGAAAUGAAGUAAGGGCCUACUUGUGGAAAUUAGAUUACAAGUGUUUUUGUUUUUUUUGCAGACUUCAAACUGAAACUGCUUUAUUUAGCUUCAUAUUUGCAAUGAAUGUACUCCAUUGUUAUUCACCUGUUUAUAGAAACAGGUGUUACAGUUUAUUAAAUGAUUGGAAUAUACAAAGACGCAGGUUUAUCAGUCCUCUUAACUGGUAACUAUUGAUUACUAAUUCCAUUUGGAAGUGAUUCAGGACCUAAAUCAGCCUUCCCUGAUUAGAUCAGCUUGAGGAGUUCAUUCCAUUUCAAAUUAUUCUAUUUGGGGAUGAUAGUAAUCUUCUAAGAGGCACCAGAUUAGAGAGGGCUGAUCUAAUAAAUAAAUGGAGUAGAAAUGUUGCAGAUUCACUAAUAAAGUUCUAUGUCAUUUGUUCUAUUUGAAGACAAUAAACAAAUAGUCUCUGGGCUCUAUGGAUAUUAGGGUACAUUAUAGUUAAUAAGGUUGUAUGACACUCAUACAAAAGCAUGUCAUGCAAUAAUGUCAAUUACAGGGACCAAUCCUUAUAGCUUUCCUAUGACCUAAAAUAAAAAUGCUCAUAAAACUGCCAACACAAAUCAGUGAACUGAUUUAAAACACAAAACUUAAUGCGUAUGCCUCAGCAGCAACAUACAAAAAGCUGGUGGUAUAUGCAUUCUGAAGUUUAGUAUGACUCUAAAUCUUGCUUAUAACUCCCAACAAAGUUUGUUUCACAAAGUACAAUUUCACUGCAUUGUAAGAUGUUUCCUGAUUCUGUUUUGAUCCAAUUUGCUUUUUUGUAUGCAUGUGUUUAAUUUAUUAAAAUAUUGCUGUAAUUUAUUUUCAGAAUUGCAUAACAUAAAUGGAAUCCAGACUUGCAAGACAAUUUUAAAAACUUGGGUCUGGGGAAAAGAAAAAAAAAGAUGCUUUAUAAAAACAAAUGCACUUUGCUGUGUUCUAAGACAUGUUUAAGAAAGGGGGAGGCUGUUUUGUGGACUGGGUUCCGAUUGAUCUUGUCUGUAUAUAUUGUAUCAAUAGGCACAUUUUUGUUCCUUAUUUGGAAGCAUUGUAACUGCUGCAGAGUCCUGUCUGGAAAAUGGAUGUAUUGAACUACUUUGCCUCAAUUUCCCCCCUCCUUUUGGGGUAAAUUUUGUCAACCAUGGGAUAGAAUUUUGCCCUGUUUGUAUCUCAUUCUAUUGUGGGUUGAUUUUUUCCUCCCUGUUCCUUUUGGCCUAUGGGUGUCUGUUUCACAAGGUUGGUGGGAAGUGGAUUUUGAAAUAAAACACUUAAAUUAUU